CAGCCAUCUGAAUGCAGCCUUCUGGGUGCAGCCAGCCAAGUAUGGCCUAUCGAAUGCGGACUUCUGAGAGCAGCCUGUUGCGUGCAGCCUUCUGAGUGUGGCUUGAUGAGCGCGGCCUGCUGAGUGCGGCCUGAUGAGUGCAGCCUUCUCAGUCCGGCCUGCCAAGUUUGGUCUUCUAAGUGAGGCCUGCCAAGUGUGACUGGUGAGAAUGGUGUGGCUCAUAGCAUUAGGCCUCAGUAUCUCACCCUCAGUAACAGAGUGACAUACUCCCUGCUAUACAUAGACUUAAAAAGAGUUGUACAAUGGUCAGCUUUGUAUUAUUUCACACCAACAGGCUGCUCCGUUUCCUAAGGCAAAUGAGAAAAUGCAUGAUUCAUUACAUAGUUAUUGCAUAUCGAUCAGAAUGAAAUUUUUUUACUUACAAGAUCAUUUUGGAUAGGUUGUGAUAUUGGACCAGUGGAGAUGCACAUGCGUGUGAUAUCUCUGUGAUGUUACCAGGGGGUGCCAUCUCCACUUCGCUUAUCUGAUGAACAUGAUAUAUUUGCGUCACGGCGUGAGCUACACUUUCUCCGCAGUCAGAGCUGCUGAACAUCAAUUAAAAGCUGGAUGAGUCUCAGAGCCCCCCCAAACUAUUCCAGAUAAAUGUUAUUUAUCUUAGCAGCAGCUUUUAUCCCAGCGCCAUUUUUUUUUUGUUUGUUUGUUUUUGUUUUUCCAGACAGUCCCUGGGGCAGCUGGGGUUAAGGGCCUCACUCAGGGGGCCAAAGGUGACAUCACACAGCUUCCUAACCCGCUGAGCCCUCCCUGCCCCCAUACUUGCAGACAGGCAGGCUUUCGCCAUGUUAUUUUCUGCCUCGUGUCUCCGCUUUACUCCUAAGUGUGUGCCGUACAGACGCCCCAACUCUGGGCCUCAUAGACAGGCCUCGCAUCUACCUGGCCCAGGUUGGGGGGUGUCAGACCAUGGUUGGGGCUUGAGUGUUUUGUAUGGUCUUGUUAAUUUGAUCCGUCCCUUCCCUGCCUGUCGUGAUGUAAUCAGGGCGGUGGCCUGUGUCUCCCGUCUCCCCCAACAGGACUUUGAGAAUGCGUUGGCCUUCCCCCCGUACCCGGGGGAGUUCCUGCACCCGGUCGUGUACGCCUGCACGUCUGUGCUGCUGCUGUGUAUGCUCACUGCCAUCGUCACCUACGUCGUACACCACAGCGCCAUCCGCAUCAGCAGGCAAGGCUGGCACGUGCUCCUUAACCUUUGCGUGCACACGGCACUGACAUUCACCGCCUUCGCCGGGGGCAUCAACCGCAUCACUUCCCCUGUCGCCUGCCAGGUGGUGGGCAUCGUGCUGCACUACUCCUCGCUGGCCAGCCUGCUGUGGUUGGGCGUCAGCGCCAGGUUCAUCUACACCCAGGUGAGCAGGGAGGCGCCCCAGGGCCCGGAUGGGGACCCCUGCUCCCCCCAGAGUCCCCCAACAGGCAUCGUGAGGUUCUACCUGGUUAGUGACGGUGUCCCGCUCCUCAUCUGCACUGUCACCGCGGCCACCAACAUCCAGAACUACGGCAGCAGCGACAGCAGCCCUUUCUGCUGGAUCGCCUGGGAGCCGAGCCUUGGCGCUUUCUACUGUCCCGUGGCGCUCGUCGUCGUGGCGACCUGCGGCUACUUCCUGUGCGCCUCCAUCCAGCUGCGGCGGCACCCCGAGCGUCGAUACGAGCUGCAGGUGACGCCAGAGGAGCGGCGGCGGCCUACGGGCGGGGCAGCGGGGCCGGGCGACGCCCCCGGUGCCACGCUAGCCAAUGAGCUUUCGCUGAGUGCGCAACUGCGCACUGCUGCCUUCACCCUGCUCCUCUUCCUCAGCACCUGGGCCUUUGGCGCACUGGCCGUGUGGCUGAGCCCCGUCCUCGACAUGGUUUUCAGUUGCUUGUACGGGGCAUCCUGUGCCAGUCUGGGCCUCUUCCUGCUCAUCCAGCACUGUGCCAAGCGUGAGGACGUCUGGCAGCGCUGGUGGGCAUGCCGCUCUGCCCCACCCCCCGCCGCUGCCCCUGCCAAGCCCAGCGCCAACGGCGACGCCCCCUCUGCCCACGCGGGCCCCCCGGCCUUACAGGCAGGCCCCUGUUGUGUGAUCCCACUGUGCCAGAGGGAGACACAGGGCGAAGUACAGACUGGCACCCCCUCCAGGCCGCCACUGCAGAGCUGUCUGAAGGACAGGGCUAAGCCACGCCCCCUCAGCAGGUACACCUACCAGGCGGCCUCGUCGAGUCUGGACAGCAGUGCUCACGGCUCAUACCCGGAGAGCCCGCAGUGCGCCCUCGAGCUGCACUCCUGCCACACGCGUGAUGCAGAUGUGUGCCACGGCAUGCAGGAGGCGCACUCGUGUCACUGCGUCCGCGACACAUUGCCGUGCUCCAGCCCAAGCGACUUGGAGGCGUGCCACGGCACAAACGAGGGCCGCAUGUGUCAUGAAGGGCUUGUAUGUGCCGGCUCACAUGAUGGACAUGCCUGUGACAGCACGUAUGAGGCACAUGCGUGUGAGUGCAUGCACCAAGGUCAUGUGUACAGAUGCAUGCGUGAAGGACACAUCUGUAACAGUGUGCACGAGGGACACACGUGUAAAUGCAUGCAUGAAGGAUACACGUGUAGAUGCACACGUGAAGGACACGCCUGUAGCAGCGUGCAUGAAGGGUGCAGCUACCACCGGCAGCAGGCGUGCCCGCAAGCGGACCCCUUCGCCAUCGUGUGCCAUGGCACCACCAGUCCCAGCUCUGCCCUCUAUGGCUACAGGAAGAUGGCCAAUAGGGAAACACUGCUUCCCCUGGAGAUGGACUCACAGAACGUGGCCACUCAGAUGCAAGCUCCCACCUACCCACCGACACAAACCAAUCAGAACAAGAGUCAGAAGGAAAACUCGAAGCAGCAGGGCCACAUACGGACCGGUCUGUGGAAGAAUGAGACCAGCGUCUGAGUCCUGGGAGGAACAAGCUGCUGAAAUCUCACUUUUAUAUUGCUCUUGUGUAUGCUGGAUCCGUUUUCUCUCUCCAUCACUGGCCUGCAUAACAUCCACAGAGUUUUAUUUUCCUAAAAGAGGAAUAGGUAAGAAGACCAAUCAUAUAAUCAAUGUUUGGACGUUUGGGGUUAGUAAAGAAGCACUGAAGGCAACUAUAAUUCUAACUUUCUAAGCAGCAAUCACUGACUUCCAUGUUUGAGACAUUUACAAAUGUUGUGAAAUUAUGGGUAUUUUAAUGGUUGAAAUAUGUAAACUAAAAUAAAAAGAUGAGGUAAAACAAUUAAUUAAAGAAAAUAAUUGCUUCUCACGAGGACCAAAAUAUAUCUCGGCUAAGGAGUCCAACCCAUCCUUUUAUUGUCGUGUCAUGUGACUGGAAUGAGCCAAUAGGAGCCGACGUUAGAGCUGAGCCGUGUAGCUUGAACCAAAGCAGGCGUGUCAUAGUCUGGAGGUGUGGAUUUUUUUUAUUAAUUUGCCAAAACACACUUUGGAAACAAAUCGCAAAACAGUGCCAAUCUUUUUUGAAUGUGAUAAAUGGGGACCCACUUGAAGCUGCGGAACUUUAAAGUGUUUUAAUUUUUCUGUGUACAGUCCUUAUUGGCAACAAUGGUGUUCAUGCUGCAAUGGACAAAUAAAUAAAUACCACAUUUUUCAUUUUUAAGCUGACGUCAUUUUAGGCUUUUCUUGUGGGGGUUAUUAUGCAUCUGAUAUGCAGCGGUGAUGACAUGUAUUCAGUCUGUAUAUCAAAGCCGCUCCGUUUAUGAAGAUAUUAAUUAAUUAAUGUGGUUAGGCGUGUCAGGACAUGGUACCCUCGCCGAUGUCGUUCGGCGGGCUGAGGCGCUUGCUUGUGCUCGUGCGUCUCACUUGUCCGGCGGGCUGAGGCGUCUGCGUGUCCUCGCGCGUGUCACUCGUCCGGCGGGUGGAGGCGCCUGCGUGUGCUCGCGCGUGUCACUCGUCCGGUGGGUCGAGGCGCCUGCGUGUGCUCGCGCGUGUCACUCGUCCGGCGGGCUGAGGCGUCUGCGUGUCCUCGCGCGUGUCACUCGUCCGGCGGGUCGAGGCGCCUGAGUGCGCUCGCGCGUGUCACUCGUCCGGCGGGCUGAGGCGUCUGCGUGUCCUCGCGCGUGUCACUCGUCCGGCGUGUCGAGGCGCCUGCGUGUCACUCAGCGCCUGCUUGGUGAGCGGCAGCCAUGGCUUCGGCGGAGCAGAGCACAGACACAGACUGCGGUAAAACUCAGUGAGCGCUGCGGCCUGUAGUCUUGUUUGAUGAUGGAUCGUUUCUGUGAAACGUCCAGCUGUGACGGUUAAUACUCUAAGCUGUUUAGAAGAGGCUGGACCGAAAUAACAAGAAAAAGGUUCCAAAGACGACAGAUGAAAGGGGCCCUGUAAUGCUGUGCGGUGUAUCAGUCUGCCUCUUUAGAGCUUGUCCUGUUUCAUUAUGAUUACGGCUCCAAAGCACCAACGCGGGGAUUAAUUAUGAAAAUAUAACGUGCCUCGUUAACACAAGGGUCAGAAAUCUCCGAGCACCUCUAAUGCGUUCCUCUAAUUUGUACAGUCAGUCCCAGCAGGUGCCUAAAACCCCAUUGAAACAGACGACACUUCCGCUUAAUUUCAGUUCAUUCAUUUAUUACCAUCUUUAAUGCAACGCCAGCCUUGAAAAUCGAUCCCUGUUUCAGUAAUCGCCUAGAAACCAGCCGUUAUGUUUUUGCUUUGUUUUGUUUUCUAAGUAUCUGACCCCAAACAUAAUGCACAAUCUCCCCUGCUCUUGGUUACGCCCCACACUUGAAGCCAUAUAUGAUGUCAGUGUGUUGAAUCCGGAGAGGACUUUCAGAGCAGUGUGCCAGUGUUCCUGUUUUUAAAUGACCCACUCAGUUUGUGCCAAAUUGUCUGUAACAUGCACCAAAGGCUCAUUUAUCACUUUGCUUUCACAUGGAAAAGUUUCUGACUAAUAUGUUUUGUAAUCACAAAUAAAGGUGUUUCCGGUGGAUCCUU